CUUAAUUCUUUCUUAUUGGAUUUUAGACGUGUAUUAGGAUGGAAUGGUUAUUUUGACAUGUUAACACAGUAUUCAAAGAGUUAUAUGGUUUAUGAUAAUUGCACAAAUUUCAUAAAGUGUCAUUAGAAAAUUCACAAAUACCAACCUUGGCACUUCGCCACAAAAAGAUUCUAAAUUUAUUUCAUAAUACAAGUUUUCUGCGAAUAAAAGGUUAAUUAAUUGCUAAUCAUAAAGUUUAAUUAAACUAAUAGCCGUGUCCUAGUAUAACCAAUUCGAAUAUAUUAGAAUAACAUCAUAAAAGUAAAGAAUUAUAGGAUUUUGCAUAAGACGAAAGUGAAAAAAGUUUAAUUCUAUCAAAAAGUUAAAUAAAUUAAAAGGGAUCAUCAGAAAAUGUAAAAUGCGAGCGAGAAACAAUAAUUAAAUUGAAAAGAGAGAGCAAAAUAUCAAAUCAUAUUUAUAGACAAAAAAAAGAGAGAAAAAAAGCUGUAAGCUACAUCGUGAAAAAAAAUUUUAUUAAAUAAAGUGAAAUAUUGAAAGGAAAAAAGAGCGUGAGCGACUCAAAAGUGAUAAUAAUUUAUCAGUCAACUCACAACCACUAGAAAGAAAAGAAGAUCCUUACUUACAGUGCGAGAAAUAUUAAAAAUAUUAUACUCUGAGACAUGGAUAUGCAGCUAGGAUGGAAAUUUCUACACAAGGAAACGUUCAUUCAUACAGGUGAUACUACAAACUUUAUCAAUGUCCCACACGUUAUCGCGAUGGUAGGAUUACCAGCACGGGGCAAGACGUAUAUUGCAAAGAAGCUUUCGCGCUAUUUAAAUUGGAUAGGAAUCAAUACACGAGUUUUUAAUUUGGGUGAAUAUCGAAGGAAUGUGACAAAUGCAUAUAGAAAUCAUGAUUUCUUUCGACCAGAUAACGAAACAGCUAUGAUGAUACGAACAAAUUGUGCAAAGCAUGCUUUAGAAGAUGUAGUUAAUUGGCUCGAAAAUGAAGGAGGAGAAGUUGCAGUCUUCGAUGCCACAAACUCAACGUAUGAGCGAAGGAAGCUGAUUGAGGAGAUUGUUGUUAAACAGAAGAAAUUCAAGUUGUUGUUUGUUGAAUCAAUUUGCGAUGAUCCGCAUAUUAUAGAACAGAAUAUAAUGGAAGUGAAAGUCAGCAGUCCCGAUUACGCAAAUAUGAACAAAGAAGAGGCUAUGGACGAUUUUCGUUUACGUAUUGAGCAUUAUCAGGAGAAAUAUCAGCCAUUGGAUGUGGUUCAAGAAAAAGAAUUUUCGUACAUGAAAAUAUAUAAUACCGGUGAAAAGAUUAUAAUCCAUAAACAUGAAGGUCAUAUUCAAUCGCGGAUUGUUUACUUUUUAAUGAAUAUUCACAUUACAAAGCGAACAAUUUAUUUGACACGACAUGGCGAAAGUGAACAUAAUCUAAAAGGUCUUAUUGGAGGUGAUGCUGAUUUGAGUGUUCGCGGUAAAUUGUACGCUGAAUCAUUGGCAAAUUACAUCAAUGGACAGAAUAUUGAGGGAUUGCGAGUAUGGACAUCAUGGUUGAAGAGAACUAUUCAGACAGUUGCUGAAAUUAAGGCACCGCAGGAGCGAUGGAAGGCUUUAAAUGAAAUCGAUGCUGGAAUUUGUGAGGAGAUGACAUAUGAAGAGAUUCAAAAGAAGUUUCCGGAUGAUUUUCGUGCAAGAGACCAAAACAAGUUCUUUUAUCGCUAUCCAAGGGGCGAAAGUUAUGAGGAUUUAGUCGUACGUUUAGAACCAGUCAUGAUGGAAUUGGAAAGACAAGGAAAUGUUCUCGUAGUGACACAUCAAGCCGUUUUAAGAUGCAUUUUAGCAUACUUUUUGGACAAACCAGCUAAUGAGCUGCCAUACAUGGAAGUUCCACUUCACACAGUAAUAAAAUUGACACCUGUUGCAUACGGUUGUAAAUGCGAAUUUAUUAAGCUACCCAUCGAUGCUGUUUGUACUCAUAGACCAAAGCCAGAGGUUCCUGGCACUAUUGAAAAGGUCAUUAACCGCUCGAAUGGCGAGAUUGCAUGAGAUUCAAUUAAUGAUUUUUGCAAGAUAUUUUAGGAACAAAAAGAUGAAUAAGAACAAAAAAAGUUAAAAAGACAAUUAAUUAAAUAAGAAAAGGCUUCGAAAAAAAGAAAAGAAUGAACUCGACCAAAAAAAUGUGAAAUGCUCGAUAUAGAUAGAUAGUAAGAAUAUCAAAUUAUGAACAGAAUUCAUUUCCUUGUUAGAAUUAUCAUCAUUUAAAUUUUAUUUUUGCAUUUAUCGUUAUUGAUGGAUUAGUGAUCAUGUCAUACUCUACGCAUACCGAAUAGGACAAACAAAAUUUACAGACUUAAUUACAUAAUUAGGAUUUUUAAAAAAAUAAUUGUAUCCUUUUAUGGAUGAAUGAAGCGCAUUUUUGACAGCACGAUCGAAAAGUUAUAUUGGAACAUAUCUGAACUGGUUUCUAAAAUUUAAAAAUUAACGACUUCCAAAAAUUCAAAAUUUAAACUAAGCUCAAAAUUUUAAGCGGCUUUUAAAGUUCAAAAUUUUCAAGGUUAUUAGAAAUUCAAAAAAAAAGCUCAUAAUUCUAACGGCUUCUGAAAAUCAAAUUUGAUUUGCAACUUUAAUUAUUUUUUUUUAUUUUAAUUUGACCAAAUCUACUAAUUUGCAUGCAUUUUUGCGAUUUAACAUUUUUUUUUGCUUUCUGAGCAGCAUUUCUAUGGACAAAGUAGCUAGGACAUAUCGAGUAAGACAGGUUUUGAACAAGUGAAAUGUUCUAAUAUCAUUGGUAAAUUAUCACAUUGGAUUUCAACUAGCCAAAAAUGAACGAAUUUUUUUUU